GGGUGUGUCUCUGCAUCAAAUUCAUCAAAACACAGAGAUAAAUCAUAUUCAAGUAGAAACCCCUAAACCCUAAUUUCUCCAGAGAAGAAUGUGGAAGAAAGGAGAGCUAGUUUGGGUGAGACUAAACCCUUCAGAUUCGUGGAUUCCGGGUCGGAUCCUUGAUCCAUCCAAACCGUUAGGAAUCCUGGUUUCCUUCUUCGACCUAAUGGAACCACGCCACGUUCCAAAAACCUGUCUCCGAAGCUUCGAGCGCGAUUUCGGAACUCUGAUUGCAGAUUCAUGGAGGUUCCGCCACUUGGUGAACAGAGCUCUGCAAACGCACUUCUGGAAUGUCUCCUUUGGGCUUUGGUGUUCUUGCCAGCCGCCGAUCGAUUCGCCCGGAUACUCUCUCCCUUGCUCUCUUCCUCUUAGUUCCGAUUCGGCUCUGAGUUUUGUUCGAGAGAUGGCAGUUUCUCAAAGGGUGCCUCUUCGGAGAUUAGCUGAGACCAACAGCUUAACCGCUCAGAUCCUUAGUUUUAGGCGUUACACUGUUGAUUUCAAUCGCUCCGAAUCUCUCUAUGAACAAGUUAGGGAAAGUGCAAAGCUAAUGGAUCGUGCAGAAGAAUCAGAUUGGUGUCUCGAUCCCUCCAACAAGAUGGACGACAGUAGUGAUUGGAGUCUAAGAGAUCCGUUGCCUAAGGAUAUCCAUUGCUGUUCUUUUGAUAAAGUAGUUCAGCGUUGGGAUACGAGGAGCCCUGUGAUCACCUCUUAUUCUAGCGGCGUUAUGAAAGCUUGCCGAACCAUGGCUAGAAUAUCUAAUCAUGAGGAUGCAGUGAACUUUGAGACUAAUGUUCAGGUGCAGGAGGAGCAUAAUAGCGCUGUACAAGAGUUGGAAGAUAGAAAUGACCAUGUUGACGAUGAGAAAUGUCACAGUGAAACAAGUGACAAGGAAAUUGAGACAUCUAGGAGCGAAGAGGAGUUGGAGAUUGAUUCAAGGAAUAGCACAUCAUUGGUAGGAGAGGAGAACCCGAACUGUAGUGUUAGAGAAUGCUGUGAAGCUGAGCAGAGUAGCUGCUUACGGAAUUCAGAAUUUCCCGUUGAAGAUAUAAUAGAGGCAGACACCACUGUUGCUGCCCAACGAGAAGCAGCUCCUGAUGUUAUCAUCGGAACUCUUGAUGACAUCAUUGGUUCAGAUGAUAGAACUGUGACAUCUGCAAAAAAGUUGUUACCCUUGCUUGAUGCGAGUAACGACAAGGCUUUUCUGGCAAAGCCUGUUUCUUUUGUUGUUCUGGAAGCUUACCAGAAUCUAGCUUGUUCAGUGGAAGACACAUCUGCUAACCCAAGAAGCAAGCUUGAUAGCUCUAUGAUCAGUGCCAGUACCCUGGAUGAGGAUCGUUCAGAUAGAAGUAAUUUCAAUGGAACACGUGAGAACUGCCAUGACGAUGCAUUAGAGUUAGGUUCUGAUGAUGUAGCCAUUGCACCUGCAGAGAAAUUACAAGACUUGGAUGUUGCAACAACUGUUGAUGAUAUCAGACCCAUUGGGGUUAAAAGGAAAGCUAGUCGAGACAAAGCAUCAGGUAAGUCCAAGAGAAGAAAGAAAGGAUGCCAACAGUCUAUUUCUGCUGAUAAACCAAAGAAUCUACAGCUGUUGAAAGAUAAACGUUUUGCUAAUCCAAAAUGCUUGCGAAUGAAGUUCUUGAGUACUCAUGGCAAUCUCCCAUCCAAAUCAGAACUGUUGAAGAGAUUCAGCGUGUUUGGGAAAAUAGAUGCUUCAAGAACUGAUAUAAACCCAGAGAGAAGCUCUGCGAAAAUAGUAUUCCUGCAGAGCAUAGACGCAGUGACAGCUUAUCAAUUCGCAAGGAGCAAAAAGUUUAAGCUAGGACGGUCUAAGGUAAUGUAUCGGCUGGAUGCCUUUGAGGGAGACACUGAAGUAAACAAAGCUCCUUUGUCUCAGAAGCCUGAACAGUCUGUUCCAUCACCAAGAUCAUGUAACACAGUUCGUUAGAUAAAGAAGAGGAAAGAAGUCAUCUCAAGGUGAAAUUCCAAAUGGCCACCAACUCAUGACGACCAUGGUUGUGUGCAUAGCUUCUCAAUGUUGUAUAGUAGCCAGGGCAGGGCCUAUACAUAACGUAGAAGUUGCAAGUUCUUUGUCCUUAAUGUUGUAUAAUAUUGGCAUGUUUCAUGCUAUAGUUGACAUAGUUUACACACGUAUACAAUAAAGCUUUGAAGA